AUGGGAUCAGUCAGUUCGGAAGCUCGCUGCAGUGCCAUCCGCGAUGCUUGGGGCUGCGACUCGCUAGACAAGGCCGAGGCCUUCAUCCAGGCUCAGGGCGAGAACGGCAGACUGGCCAUGGAAAACUUCGUGGGAAAUGCCUUUGCGCCAUCUUCUCAGCAUAUGGACUCGGUAGAUCCGAAAACAGGAAAGGCAUUUGCGAAGGUCCCAAUCAGCAGUGCCGCAGAGGUCGAUGAGGCGUUGAGAAAGGCGACAGCUGCCUUUAAGGGAUGGAGCAAAACAACGGUUGCAACACGGUCUAAAUACUUGGAGCGAGUUGCGCAGCUCAUACAGGAGAAUCGAGAGCUACUGGCAAUCUGGGAGAGCAUUGACCAGGGGAAGACACUGGCACGGGCUCGGAUUGAGGUCGAUCGGGCUGUCUCGAAUUUCAGCUAUUUUUCUACUUUUAUCUUGCACCAAGAGACUGCGGCUCGCAUGAUCGAUGGCGUAGCUCUUACUUACGAGCAUCGGUCUCCAGCUGGCGUCUUCGCGUUGAUCUCCCCUUGGAAUAUGCCCCUCUACCUGCUGACAUGGAAGAUUGCCCCAUGUCUCGCAUUCGGAUGCACGGCGGUGGCGAAGCCAUCAGAAGUCACGUCCAUGUCGGCUUUUCUUCUAUGUGAGAUCUUCCGCCUCGCUGAGCUACCGGAGGGUGUCAUCAAUGUCGUCUUCGGAGAUGGCCCCACCACGGGGUCGGCGUUGGUGAAAAGCCCCCUGGUUAAGGGUAUCUCCUUUACUGGUGGCACUGCCACAGGUAUUCGCAUUAGAAAAGACACUGCAGAUCAGAUCUAUAAGCACCUAUCGCUCGAGCUGGGUGGUAAGAACCCGACGUUGGUUUUCGAGGAUGUAGACCUCAGUAAAGCAGUUCAAACAGCCGCCACGGCUGCUUUUGAGAACCAGGGAGAGAUUUGCUUGUGUGGAUCUCGCAUAUAUGUGCAGUCUGCCAUAUAUGACCAGUUCGUUGCAGCAUUCACUGCCUACGUAACCGCGAACUACCAGCGAGGCGGCAAGAUGGGAGCAGUGGUUUCUCUACAGCAUUAUCAGAAGAUCCGCUCAUAUCUUGAACUAGCCGAAUCUGAGAAGGCGACGUUCAACACUGGCUCAACCCCUGUCGCAGAUCCUAAAAAUGGCUUCUGGAUUGACCCCGUCAUCCUCACCGACGUUUCGACGUCUUCUCGGAUCAUGAGGGAAGAGAUCUUUGGCCCGGUGGUGACUAUUGCUAAGUUCGAUUCCGAAGAAGAAGCUGUAGAGCUUGCCAAUGACAAUCCGAACGGAUUGGCGUCCGUACUGUUAACAAAGGAUGCGUCAAGGAUACGGAGGGUGGGUGAGCAGAUCGAGGCUGGUCUAGUAUGGGUGAACUGCUGGUUAGUCAGAGAACUUGGAACACCUUUUGGGGGAAUGAAGAACUCCGGUACAGGACGUGAGGGAGGCGAAUACAGUCGAGAAGUUUUCACAGUUGUGCGGACUCUCCACAUUCCGAUGUAG